CAGGAGGCAAAAUUGGAAUUCGGGUUUCACGUUUAAGCGCAAACAGGAGCUUUUCCCACUAGUGCUGUGAAAACUCGGAUUUUUCAAACUACAGCUGUUUGAAAAUCUUCAAGAAGGAUUUGCAAAAUGACUUCUACAAACUUCAGUCGCGAGAUGCACCUGCUCUCCCUUUUCAUUGAGGAGGUGAUAGAUCAACGCUAUGCUGAGCUGGUGAGUCCAAUCACUGCACCUCAGAUGGUCGUCCUUAACUUGAGGAACCGUGAACUGAGCAGCAGCCAACUGGACUCCAUGUCCCACCUGGUCCUCACUCUUUACCAUAACCUGGUGACUGGGUCCAAGGACUUUCCUUACAUACCUUUUAAAGGAUUGUUCCACCGGGACCAGGUGACGACACCAUUUGUCCAUGUGAGGCAGAGCCAAAGAGAGAACACCACUCCUUCUCCUCCUACCGACUCACCAGCUGGCAUGAUGCUGCCGCCUGCGGGCUCCAGCUCUCAUCCACGCUUCCUGACUCCAGUUCUUCCAGAGAAAGCGGAUCUUGCUGUGCUGAAGGCAGAUCGGAGGAACUGUGUCCGCACCCUGACUGUCGACGGCCUCCCCGUCACCAGAGUCAUCUCCACUGUUUACCGAACAGAGGACACUGAGAUGACAAACCGCUGGAGAAUAACAGACUACAGCGCGGACGGCACAGUUCUCACUUCGGUGCUCUGCCGUUUUCUAAAUAUGUCGGCAAAGCGUGCUAAGAGGAAGGCUCCGGAGGAAGAGAGCAGCAUCCGGAGCCCGACUCCAGCAAGGAAGCGCUUGAGAUUAUAAUAUACAGUGAAGCAUGUCGAACGUCAGCAAGCCUGAACAAAGUGUCAGGAAAAAGAGUCA